AUGAAAUUGAUCAACAGUUCACAUUCACAAGAUGAUCUUCCGCCACCGCCAUUGGUUCUCCACCGCCUCCGCCCUAGGACUCUAUCUCCUCUAUCAGGCACUUCUCGCUUUGCAUUAUCCGCGACUGUAAUAUCCGCUGCCGCAAUUCUUGCUGCAUCAUCCGUUAUCAUAUUUGAUGAUAGCGAAAUUAAGGAAGAACAAGCGAAGAAGAAACGUUUGCUUGAUGAUUUCGAACACGCGAUUGACCGGUCGAAGGAGUCGUUUAAGAGAGUUGUGAAUACGAUGAAGCAUACCGGCGUUGCGGCGUCGGUUCUAUGGAAAUCUCUUCGUUCGGUUUUGUCUUCGGCUAACCAUGAAGUUUGGUCAGGGUUUGAGGUUAGGGUUGCGGCAUUAUUGGCGGAUAUUGUGGCGGCAAAUGAGAGCCGGAGGGCUGCGAUUGUUGGUGCUGGCGGUGGUGUGGUGUUGGAUUGGUUAUUAGAGUCGGUGGCAUUGUCCGGAGGGGGAAAUUAUGGGACUCAGGCCGAGUCGGCUAGGGCUUUAGCGUACUUGAUUGCUGACCCUAAUGUGUCGGAGGCGGUUCUUGGGAGGCCUCAUGCCAUUCCCAAUCUUCUCAGGUUCAUAUUCUUUGCUCAACCUCAUCAAUCCAAAAAGCACCCAAGGCGAAGUUCAUUUAACAUUUCUGACCCUUCAAAAGGCAGAAGCAUGCUUGUUGCAGCAAUCAUGGAUAUUGUCACUUCCAAUUGUGACAAUGUGGACAAAAUCAAACUUAAGCCCAUGCUAUCAGGAACUGCAGCAAUGAGAGAUAUUGCAGCUGCACUUGAAGUUAUUGAAGAUGGUGGCAUGCACAUGGAUGAGCCACCUGGCAGCAGCCAGGAUGAUGAUGAUGGAACUGGAUUAAAGGGCAUUGGAAUGGAAGUUCUUGGAGGCACUUCAAUUGUAGGUCUUUCUACAAGCAAUCGAUCAAUGGAGUUAGAUGAAUCUAAAGCCACUCACAACUCAUCAUCUUUCAACAAAUUAAACAACACUUCUUCUGUAAACACAACUGUUAUCCCUGGACUAUGGGAUGAUUUGCAUUCACAACAUGUUGCUGUUCCUUUUGCUGCAUGGGCUUUAGCAAAUUGGGCAAUGGCAUCAGAUGUAAAUAGAUCCCAUAUCCAAGAACUCGACUUCAAUGGACAUGCUGUCAUGUCUGCAUUGAUUGCUCCUGAAAGAUCCAUGAAAUUUCACGGGAGUUUAGUAGCUCAGUUGUUGUUAAAAGACGAAAAUCUCCCCAUGAAUGAUUUUGUUUCUGAUUGGAGUUCUACCCUUCUUACAACCGUUUCUCAAGCAAGCAAAGCCGAUGAUAUCUCUUUAACUCGUGUGGCUUUAUCUGCAUUUUUACUAUCUCUCGAGAGGUGCCCUGGUGCUCAAAGGGUAGUUAUGGAAAAAGGUCUUCAUUUAAUGAGGGAGACUGCUAAAAGGACUAUGAAUCAUAAGUCUGUUCAAGAAUCAUUAACACAAAUCGAUCAGGCAAAUGUACUUUCUGGUACCCAAAGUGUGAACCUAUUAGCUAGUGCUGUGGUCAACUUAGCAGUCAAUGGUGAUUCAUUUGCUUUGGAAGAUUUUCUUACCCUUGAACCAUUUAUUAACACAUACAAAAAUCUAAAGAAAGGAAAUAUCCCUAAAGUGAAUGCUUUAGAUUCUGCACUUGCAACUUUAAAGGUGAUGAUUAUGAGAAGUUAUCAGCAAUUGAAGCAUAUGAUGCACAAGACGAAUCUUACACAAUGGUCUGGAUCAAGCUUGCCUCUUCAGGAAGUUAGCUCGAUGCUGUUGGAAAAGCUUAUUGCAGCACGUAUUGGAGAUCGACCUGUUGUAUUUGUAACUCAUAGCAUGGGGGGAUUGGUUGUGAAACAGAUGCUACAUCAAGCAAGUGCAGAAAACAGAGGCAAUCUUGUCAAAAACAGUGUUGGUGUGUUACAGGACAUGAGUAUCGGCACAUCAUGGAACAUUUAGGUUAGUUGUUGUUUUUCCUCUUGGUGAUCCAUCAAUGAAGUGGCCAACAUCAUGUAAUAACAUUUUAGGGGAAGAUGUAUGUAUAUGUUUUUUUUAAUGAAUAAUGUAAUCAUAUGUAUGAAUAUAAA